UAUUGCACGUCUAAGUUGCUGUCACUGCCGCAUAUCCAGAUUUUGCCUUCACGACGAGUUUAACCUCAAAACGCCCGUUGUAUUCACCGUCCACCUUCAAUUAUCUAAAAUUAGAGAUCAUCUCGACUUACCGUCAACGAAAUGGCAGGACUCUAGAUCAAUCGGCUUCUUACUAAGCCCGAAGCGCACGAAUCUCCGUAAAUAAUCCUGUUCCCGGACGAUUGUUGCGAGGCAAACUCGUAAAUAUAGGGGGAUAUCACGAAGGAAUUUGGAAACCAAUCUUCGAGCCUCACUGCGUCGGAUUAUUAACUUGGUUUGGGUCCCCAAUGAUGUAAGAAGAUUUAACAAGGCAAUGAAGCCGGUAUUGAUCGGCUGGGGCUGAGGGACUCCCAAAAUAGGAACUAUCUUACGCACUCCUAAGAUCAUGCUAGUUCCUUUAGGGGAUGAGGUCUUCAUAUUUUCGUGAUAUAAAAGCAUCUCUUGGCAUCUAUCUCGCAACUCAACUCACAUGUCAAUACUUACUCAAGCAAUUCGUCGCUGCUAGGUAUUAGGUACCCACCUACCUAGAAUAAUAUGGCACGCUCAAUUGCGUAUUGGGUAGCAGCCAUUGCCAACACGGCUAUCACUGCUGCUGCUAUCCUUGCGAGCCCACAAUGUCAAAAUGCAGCCCCCACGCAAACCACAAUCAACGUACCUACGGCUAACAUGAGCCUACCCGGCUCUCCCUUCGGACUCGUAUACGCGAGGAACGAUAUCGCUUUUGCCGGCAUGGGCCACCAGGUGAUCAUGUUAAACACGACGACGUUUAAGCCAACUCUAGCUAGAGAAUUUCCGCUUCCUGCACUUCUUAACCAAUCUCAAGGAGUCGUUAGCGGUCUGACUCUAUCUCACGACAAGCGUUACGUGUACGCAUCCGUCGGUCCCGGGGCGGUCAUACUCGACGUUGAGAAGGCUGUCGCUGGUGAUACAAAUCCGAUUGUCGGCCUCCUACGUGGCACGACCGGAGACGGCGCGAUUCAAGUGACAUUAUCCAAAGACGACAAGUAUGCAUUGGUCACACAGGAAUACGGUACCAACGCGACUCUUUUUCGCGGGACUAUUGAGGUCUUCCAAAUUCAUCACGGCUUAAAUGGGUCCAUUGCCGGUACCAGCAAGGGGUAUACCAGGCUCGGAUACGCAGUUGUAGGCACAGCAUUCUCUCACGACGAGAGCAAACUCUACGUAACGAGCGAAGUUACCAGCCAAGCAACGUCCGUAAAUGAGACACGAGGAACACUUAGUGUCCUUGAUGUCGCGAUACUUAAGACCGAUCCCUCGAAAGCUCUUCUUCAUACUGUUGAUGCAGGCUGCAGUCCAGUCCGGCUCGCUGUCUCCCCCGAUGGUAAGCAAGUCUGGGUAACGGCUCGAUUAAGCAACAAGCUUCUCGCAUUCGACACCGAAAAGCUAGACUCGGCGCAUCCUGAAGGCGCUCUUCGGGCGAGUGUGCAAGUAGGUACUUCGCCCGUUGGCAUUGCCAUUGUCAAUAGAGGCCGUCAUAUUAUAACUGCAGAUUCAAAUAGGUUCAAUUAUGCGAAUGCUACUACAGGUCUAACAGUCGUUGGUACCGAAGCAGCACUGUGGGGAAACCAAGGGUUCCCACGGAUAUUGACCGGCUUAUUCCCGCGUGAGUUCGCAGUCAGCCCAGAUGGAAAGACGCUGCUAGUUUCAGAGUAUAGGAGUAAGGCGAUCCAGGCGGUAGACAUCACUCGUCUACUAUGAUUCACAGCGGAGAAAUCUCCGAAUUUUGAUAUUUAUCAUAAAUCACGUUGUAUUCAUCAGAGUGGUUGGCACUUCCUUUGGUGCUAUGAGGCUUGGUUCUAACGUAUUCAAAAAAAUGCCUUGCGAUACGACGUCGGUCUUAGUCUUAUAGCUGGACCGGUAUCUACCUAAGGACCUAU